AUGCCGUUGUCAGUGCGGUGAACACAGAUACGAUGGAAUCCUUUCAAACUGUUUUCUUCUUCUUCCUCUUGCUUUGUCUGGGUUUUUUAGAGAGAGUGGGCGGGGAGCCAGGAGCACGUUCACCAGGUAGAUCACGGAGAGAAAAGGAUUUGGAGAGCACAAUUGCCACGAAUGGCGAAGGUGAAACCACCGUGCAAGGCACGAACAUGACGUCGGAGUCUCUCAACGUUCAAUUCCUUGCCGUAAACCUCGCAGAGACGUUGACCAAUCCCAAGAAGUACAUCAAGGAACUGCCUCCGUUUCAACCGCCUGAGAUCCACAUUGCUACUACCAUGAAACUUUACCACAUCGACUCAAUCUCUGCUCAAUCAUCCGAUUUCUCGGUGUACCUCCUGCUUCGACACGUAUGGGAAGACCAGAGACUGAAUUUCAUGAAAGGCAACGUGUCGGGGCUCCUCAAGCGGGAAUAUAUAUCAGGGAGCGAAUGGCUCUACGACCUCAUCUGGUCCCCGACUCUCUAUUUCGUGAACGAAAAGGACUCGGGUAUCUUCCACCUCAGCAGGAGGAACGUCUUCGUGGCCAUCUUCAUGAAUGGCACUGCGAGACUGAAAUGGGAGAAUCCCAAGGAUUGCAUCAACCGGGAGGAUUUCUCCUUCUCCGAACAAACCCUCAUCAACCACGAAUGCUUUGAUACAGAGCUUGAGGAUAUCCAUUACGUCACUGGAAAAAACUUUAGUGCCAUCAUAGUGAGAUUCACGAUCAAGAGGGACCCCGGGCAUUACAUCCUGGAUUAUUAUUUGCCUUCCAUAUUUCUGAUCGUCGUGUCUUGGGUCAACUUCUGGUUGGAUCCCAGUGCUUCUCCUGCCCGCGUUGGACUCGGUACGUGUACGAUGCUGACGUUUAUCACCCUGUCAAGGAAUAUAGGCGAUGAACUGCCUAAACUGUCAUAUUUGAGGGCCGUUGAAAUCUGGUUCUUUGUCUGCAUCUCCUUCAUCUUCCUUACCCUCGUCGAAUUCGCUUUUGCCAACAUCAUCUAUCGCAGAGGGCAAGCCCCAGUGCCGCUGAAAAAGUCGACGAGCAAGCACAUUCUGUGGUACGGACUCAGCCCCAAGGCGAAUCGUUCCCAGUCAAAUAGCAGAAAGACCCGCACUAAGUCUGAAGGAAACCUGGAUGUCCCCCACUCUGGCUAUCACGGGAGGUACAAGGACCAGGGUCAGCUGUCGGUGAGCAGCUUUGACAAUAUGUUUCUCACCAGAACACUAUCAGACAGCAUGGAGACGUUGCCCAUGUCAAAUGAUGACUGCAAGGAUAUUUAUAUCCCAGUGCCGAGCCUUCAAAAUGAUGGCAAUGAGUCUUCCACUUCCAAGCCAAGGCAGAGAAAGAUGAGCGUAUUGUCGGUGGACUGGAUCAAGGAGAAACGGCGUCGGGCGCGAGAGGAGAAGGAAAAGAAGGAAGUCAACAGGGAGUUCAAGCAUAUGACACCUCAAGAAAUAGCUAUCUGGAUCGACGAGAAAAGCCGAAUCGUCUUCCCCAUCUGCUUCGUCAUUUUCUGCCUUCUCUACUGGACUCUCGUCUUUCUCUGAUAUAAUCCAUUGCGCACAAUUGCGCCCUCUCGUGCAAAUGAUUUAAACAGAAGGGAAGAACGUCUCUGCGGACCCAGCGCAUUUUAAUGCGGGACUCCUUGCAACUCAGUUGCGACACAUCUCUCCAAUUCUCUUGUAUGACUCUGUCCAGUUCAGAAGAAUUAUAUAAAUUAUAAAACAACGAU